AUGUGCGUCAACGGCGCUGACCUAGCUGCCAAGCGGAGCCAGGGUCUAGCCGCCAUCCGCGCGGAAGUGGCCGCCAACGGCACCGUCGUUGACAAGGAGUGCCUCGAGUACGUGCUCGACAAGGUGGCGGGCGAGAGCGGCGAGUCCUUUCAGGGCGGACUCAUGCGCGACUGCGACGCGAAUGGGAACGUCCUGCCCAGCCGGCGGGGCAAGCGGCUCGCCGACUUUCUCGCCGAUCCGAGCGCUCAGACCGCAAAGCUGGAGGAGGCGCACGUGGCGGCGCUGCGCUUUUACACCACCGCCGCCUUCCAAACCAUCAACAACGGCCUCCGUGACCAAGGCCGCUACGAGGCGAAGCGACCGCACCCUUUCCCCGUCACGGUGAAACUCAUCCAGGAGGCUCUCCUUAAGCUGCGCGCCAACGACGCGUCUAUCGUUGAGGUUGACGACGAGUCAGAGCAGGCCAACACGGAGAUGACGUUCUACCGCGGCAUGAAGGACAUGAAGGCCAAGGGCGGCACGGAGCUUGCGCCGAUGUCGACUACGUCAUCGCUCAAAGUUGCGAUGCAGACUAAAAACUUCAUGGUUCGCGGCCCCGACAUCUCCUUCCUCUCCGCGUUCCCCGCUGAGGAGGAGUUUCUCUUCCCGCCGCUGACUUACCUCGAGCCCACCGGCAACGUGCAGAAGCUGCGCGUCGACGAUGCUAUGUUCACCGUCGUUGACGUGCGGCCGCAACAGUGA